AUGGGGACUGGAGUUUUGGAACCAAAGCAGGAUGUCGUGCAAGGCGCAGUCCACCUAUUCGACGACAAUUCAGUCGAAUCCACAGACAGAGAUACGACGAUUUACGUGAAACAUUCGCGAGACGGGAAAGUCGUUCUUGCCCCUCAGCCCUCCGAUGACCCUUUUGGUUACCGCCAUAUUUUCGACAGCGCACUAGCGCGCUCCUUCGGAAAAAGGGGUCUGUUUGUGGUGUCGGGGUUAUCGUUGGUAGUGGCUGAUGCCUGGGCCACGUGCGCAAGCUCAUACAAGUCAUUACUCGGUGCGAGAAUACUUUCGGGUGCAGGUCAAAUCAUGUUCGAGGGGAACGGGCUUUCCAUUGUCCCAGACUUAUCCUUCUUACAUGAACGUGGAAAGCGCGCUGCGAUCUUCCUGCUCUGCUCGCAGACAGGAGUCACCCUAGGCACACCUCUUGCCACACAAAUCGCGAUGAGAUACGGCAUGAAAUGGUGCUUUGGUGGGUUCGCAAUCGCCGAAGCUAUCAUGACGCUGGCCACUUUCUUCUUGUUCGCUGAUUGCGCCUAUGCACGCGAGCAUGUUGACGCUUUGGCUCACCAGGAUGAACAAGAAAUUAUGAAUCAGGCGCCCGAGGAGCCUGUCAAGACUGAGCACGUCGACACCAUUGAAAGCGCGGAACCUAUUCCCAAGAAAACCUACCUUCGGCAGCUUAGUCUCUACUCGGGAAGGGUCAGCUCAAGCCAUUUACCUUUAUCUGCCGCACGGUGGCACUUACCUUUCACCCAACUAUCUUCUGGGUUGCUAUUUCAGGCUUAA